GGUGCAGAACGCGAAGACGCCACCGAGGUGUGUUUGAGCCAUUUGGAGGAUGAAGAUAAUCGCUCGGUGAAUGGGAAACACCGACACAGAGGCACCGCUACCUUCCCCAGCUCUUCUUGGCGAACACGCUUCCGUCGGCGAGAUUUACGCCGAAGCCGGUGUCUGCGCUCUGCGGGGCCGGGCGCGCCACGUCUGGAAGGAGUAGGGAGGAUGGAGGGGUUUUUCACAGAGGGGGCCCGUGUUUGGGUCAAGGAGAAAGAGCAGCUGGUUCCCGCCACGGUUAACUCCUGUGCAGAUGGAACUCUUGUCGUCACAACCGACUAUGGAGAGGUGUUGUACCUGCAGCAGGCGGAGGUCACCAGGGAGCGGGUGUAUGCGAUGCACCAGUCCAGCAUCGAUGGGGUGGAGGACAUGUCGGCACUGGCCGAGCUGCACGAGGCUGCCAUCAUGCACAAUCUGUACCAGCGCUACCAGAAGGACAACAUCUAUACUAACAUCGGGAGCAUCCUGGCAGCUGUCAACCCUUACAAGCAGGUCCCGGGUAUGUAUGGCCCGGAGAGGGUGGACCUGUACUCCAAACACCACAUAGGAGAGCUCCCGCCGCACAUCUUCGCCGUGGCCAACGAGUGCUACCGCUGCAUCUGGAAACGCCACGACAGUCAGUGUGUCCUCAUCAGUGGUGAAUCAGGGGCUGGGAAGACAGAAAGCACUAAACUGUUGCUUCAGUUCCUGUCGGUGAUGAGCCAGAACUCAUCCGGGACGCCCUCAUCAGAGAAAUCUACACGAGUGGAGCAGGCCAUCGUACAGAGCAGUCCGAUUAUGGAAGCGUUCGGGAAUGCAAAGACAGUUUACAACAACAACUCCAGCCGCUUUGGGAAAUUCAUCCAACUUCACUUCUCUGAGGGCGGGAACAUCCAGGGAGGCUGCGUCAUCGACUAUUUACUGGAGAAGAAUCGUGUGGUACGACAAAACCCUGGAGAACGAAACUACCACAUCUUCUACGCUCUGCUGGCGGGAGCUAACAAGGAUCAAAGAGGCCAGUACUUCCUGGAGGAUCCUGCAGAAUCUUUCCACUACCUCAACCAAUCAGGAUGUCUGAAGGACAAGAGCCUGAAUGACAAAAAUCUGUUUAACAGUGUUAUGGAGGCGCUGAAAGUGCUCCAGUUCACAGAGGAGGAGAUCAGAGACAUGUUCAAGCUGUUGUCGGGAGUCUUACAGCUGGGAAACAUUGAGUUCAUGACUGCAGGAGGAGCCCAGAUCACCACCAAGCAAGUGGCCACUAACGUCAGUGAGCUGCUGGGCUUGGACGCCUUCCAGCUGUCUGAAGUCCUGACUCAGCGCUCCAUAAUCCUCAGAGGAGAGGAGAUCUGCUCCCCGCUCACUAUAGAGCAGGCCGUGGAUUCCCGGGACUCUGUUGCCAUGGCGUUGUAUUCCCAGUGUUUCUCCUGGAUCAUCCUCAAGAUCAAUCAGAAGAUCAAAGGGAAGGAGAACUUUAAAUCCAUCGGCAUCCUGGACAUCUUUGGCUUUGAGAACUUCCAGGUGAAUCGAUUCGAGCAGUUUAACAUAAAUUACGCCAACGAGAAACUUCAGGAGUAUUUCAACAAGCACAUCUUCUCCCUGGAGCAGCUCGAGUACAACAGGGAAGGUGUCCAGUGGGACGCCAUCGACUGGAUGGACAACGCAGAGUGUCUGGACCUCAUAGAGAAGAAACUGGGCUUGUUGGCACUCGUGAAUGAAGAGAGUCGUUUCCCCAAAGGAACAGACUUCACUCUGCUGGAGAAGCUGCACAGCAGGCACUCUACAAACCCUUAUUAUGUGAAGCCCAGACUGGCUGACCAUCAGUUCGGUAUCAAACAUUAUGCCGGCGAGGUCCUGUAUGAUGUUAAAGGAGUACUAGAGAAGAACAGAGAUACCUUCAGAGAUGACAUCCUGAACAUGCUCAAGGACAGCAGGCUGGACUUCAUCUACGACUUGUUUGAGAAGGUCGGCAGCAGGAACAAUGAGGAGAAGAUGGGAACGGCCAGGCGCAAACCUACUGUGAGCUCCCAGUUCAGGGACUCCCUACACUCUCUCAUGGCCACUCUGAGCGUAUCAAACCCUUUUUUCAUCCGCUGCAUUAAGCCUAACAUGGAUAAGAAUCCAAGUAAGUUUGACCCUGAGGUCGUCCUGAACCAGCUGAGGUAUUCUGGGAUGUUGGAGACCGUGAAGAUCCGUCGAGCCGGCUUCCCCGUCCGCAGAACCUUCAAAGACUUCUUCUCCCGAUAUAAGAUCAUUGCCAAAGACAAAGUAGCAGCAGCAGGAGAUGAUAAGAAGAAAAGUACGGACCUUUUGUUCAAAUAUGACAAGACAAAGAAGGAGUGGCAGUUCGGCAAGACAAAGGUGUUUAUGAAAGAGUCUUUGGAGCAGCUUUUAGAGAAAGAUAGAGAUGAAGUCCGACGCCAAGCUGCCAUGAUCAUCCGCGCCCACCUGCUCGCUUUCUCUGCCAAGAAGUAUUUCAAGCGCGCCCGUGCAAGCGUCAUCACCCUCCAGAAACAUUUAAGGCGACACAUUCAACGCAGGAAGUUUGUGAAACAACGCGAGGCGACGAUGGUGCUGCAGAGACACAGGCGAGGUCAGGUGGCACGUGCACGAGUCCGGAAGAUCAGGGAGGAGAAAAAGAAGAAAGAGGAAGAACAGAGGAGGAAAGAGGCGGGGGAGAAGUCGACACCUGGUGAAGGGGAGCAGCAGGAAAAGGUGGACGGAAAAGCUAAAUCAUCGGACGAAGACGCUGGUGAUUCUGAAAGUACCCGGCAGAUGGAGGAGAUCCUGCAGCUGGAGCGAGAGAUCGAGCGCCUGCAGAAAAAGAGAGAGGACGAGGUGUCCCAGCUGUGCGAGUCCUCCAAACAGGAGCUGCAGCUGCGCCGCGACGCGGAGCUCAAACGGAUGAAGAAGGAGGCGUCCCGCAAGGCCACGCAGCUCAUCGACCUCCUGGACUUCGGAGGCGUGGAUCCCUCACUGGGCGCAGCCGCCGCCAAGCCUGCUGCUGCUGCUGCUGCUGCUGCUGCUGCUGUGGCCAAAGCCCCUAAAGCUGCGAACGCCAGCAGAGGAGCGUCCAAAGACGAGGAGGUGGACGAAGGGUUUCACGCCGAAGAGGAGUGCAUCCCUCUCCCGGACUUCCCUCCUCCUGCAGAGACCGACACUCCCCUGGAUCAGGAGAUCUUCGCUCACCUCCCUCCUCCGCCGCCUGCUUUUGCAGAGGGAACAGUUCCUCCUGCUCCUCCGCCUCCGCCUCCUCUGCCAGCAGACGGCAUCCCUGAGGCUGGAAUCCCUCCUCCUACUCCUCCUGCUCCUCCUCCUCCACCUCCACCUGGAGACGGUUCAGCUGUUCCUCCUCCACCACCACCUCAUCCUCCCAAGGGAGACGGCGAGAAGAAAGAGGGGGCCAAAGCAGAGCCGGAGAGGAAGGUGAGCAUGGUGGAGAGUCUAGGGGACGGGGACGAACCGAUCUACAGCAUGCCGGCCGACACCGAGUCCGACUACGACCAGGAGGAGGAGGAAGGGUCGGUCACAGCGGGAGACGACAGCUCCGUGUCCGGGAGCAACCGAGGGAGCGCGGCCGUGAUGGACGAGGAGCACCCGAGGAAGUCAACCUGCACAAACGCCAGCAUCGAGUCCUACAGAGGCAGCUCUGACUCUUAUGCUGACAGUGACGACGAACAUGACGGCAUGAUGGACACUGAUGAAGAAGUCACUAACGGCAGAGUGACCUUGCUUAAUGGAAACGGACCGCCAUAUUUCCACGGCUACCUCUACAUGAAGGCCGGUCUGAUGAUCCCGUGGAGGAGGCGUUGGUGUGUGUUGAAGGAUGAAACCUUCAUGUGGUUCCGGUCCAAGCAGGAGUCUCUAAAGUCGGGCUGGCUGUACAAGAAGGGAGGAGGCCUCUCCACUCUCUCACGGAGGUUAAACUGGAAGAUGCGCUGGUUUGUACUCAGGGACAAUAAGCUGAUGUACUACGACAACGACAGCGAGGAGAAACUGAAGGGAACCAUCGACAUCAGAGCUGCCAAAGAGAUCGUGGAUAAUCAUGAGAAGGAGAACGCUCUGAACAUCGUGACGGAUGAGAGGACAUAUCAGGUGUUUGCUGAGUCACCCGAGGAUGCAAGUGGGUGGUUCAAUGUGCUCAAAAAAGUACGUGUGUGCACACCUGAGCAGCUGCUGGAGAUGUCCCAUGAACAGGCCAACCCCAAGAACGCUGUGGGAACUCUUGACGUGGGCCUGAUUGACUCAGUCUGUGCUUCAGAUAAUCCUGAUCGGCCAAACUCCUUUGUCAUCAUUACGGCCAACCGUGUGAUCCACUGCAACAGCGACACACCAGAGGAGAUGCAUCACUGGAUCAGUCUGCUGCAGAAACCCAAAGGAGACGCCCGGAUCGACGGCCAGGAGUUUCUCGUCAGAGGCUGGCUCCAAAAGGAGAUGAAGACGAACGCUAAGAGCACCUCCCUGAAGCUGAAGAAGCGCUGGUUUGUUUUGACGCACAACUCUCUGGAUUACUACAAGAGCUCAGAGAAAAACUCCUCCAAGAUGGGAACUCUGGUCCUGAACUCGCUCUGCUCCAUCAUCCAGCCGGAUGAGCGGGUGCACCGGGAGACGGGUUACUGGAACAUCAUGGUGUACGGUAGAAAGCACUCGUACCGCCUCUACACCAAGAUGCUGAACGAGGCCAUGAGGUGGACGGCCGCCAUACAGGGAGUCAUAGACAGCAAGACUCCCAUAGAGACUCCAACGCUGCAGCUCAUCAGAGACAUCAAGGAGAACAGCGUGAACUCUGAUGUGGUGGAGCAGAUGUACAGGAGGAACCCCAUCCUCAGAUACACUCAGCAUCCCCUGCACUCCCCUCUGCUGCCGCUGCCCUACGGAGAGGUCACCAGCAUACAAAGGCGGCAGGGCUAUGCCAGCCUGCAGGAUGAGGCGGUGCGAGUUUUCAACUCACUGCAGGAGAUGGAGACUCUGGCAGACACGGUGCCCAUCAUUCAGGGCAUCCUGCAGACCUGUCAGGACCUGCGUCCUCUCAGGGAUGAGGUUUACUGUCAGGUGAUCAAGCAGACCAAUCACGUGCCUCAGCCUAACAGCCCAGCCAACCGGGCACACUGGCAUCUGCUCACCUGCAUGAGCUGCACCUUCUUACCCAGUCGAGCAAUUCUCAGAUACCUCCGCUUCCACCUCAAGAGGGUACGCGAGCGCUUUCCCGGCACAGAUAUCGAGCGCUACGCCAGCUUCAUCGGGGAAUCCCUGAAGAAGACCAAGACUCGUGAGUUUGUCCCCUCUCAGGAGGAGAUCGCCGCCCUGCUGAUCAGACAAGAGAUGAGCACCACCGUCUACUGCCAUGGGGGAGGCUCCUGCAAAAUCUCCAUCAAUUCACACACCACAGCUGGAGAGGUUGUGGAGAAACUUAUCAGAGGUUUGGCCAUGGAGGAGAGCAAGAACCUGUUUUCUCUGUUUGAACAUAACGCCGUCACAGAUCGAGCUUUGGAGAGCAGAGUCAUUGUGGCUGAUGUUCUGGCCAAGUUUGAAAGACUGGCAGGCAGUGAAGAAGAGGAGGAGGAAGGAGAGUGGAAACUCUACUUCAAGCUCUACUGCUUCCUGGAUGUGGAGAGCAUGCCAAAAGAAGGCGUGGAGUUUGCGUUCAUGUUUGAGCAGGCCCAUGAGUCUCUGAUAAGUGGUCACUUCCCGGCCUCAGAGGAGACUUUGCAGCACCUGGCCGCUUUACGUCUCCAGUAUCUCCACGUUGACGGGGCGGGUCGGGCAGGAUGGAGCCUUGGAACCGUUUAUCCAAUCGGACGCCUCCGCAAUCGCAUCCUCCACUCCACCAAGCCCGGCGUCGGGGCAGCGGGGGGAGCAGGAGGAGGGGGAGCAGGAGGAGCAGGAGAUGGGAAGACCGCUGUGGGAGGACCGGGUGGAGUCCCAGUCGGAGUGGAGAAACGAAAGACCCCGAGCUUCCUGGACGGCACCCUGAGGAGAAGCUUCAAGACGGGAUCGCUGAAGAAGCAGAAGGUGGAGGAGGAGCAGAUGCUUGAAAUGUGGGUGAAGGAGGAGACGUCGGCCACACGGACCAGCGUUCUGGAGAAGUGGACGCGCCUUCAGGGCAUGCCUCAGCAUCAGGCCAUGCUGAAAUACAUGAGCAUCAUCAAGGAGUGGCCGGGAUAUGGAUCCACUCUGUUUGAUGUGGAGUGUAAGGAGGGAGGUUUCCCUCACGAUCUGUGGCUGAGUGUGAGUGCAGACAAUGUCUCUGUGUAUAAACGAGGUGAACCAAAACCACUGGAGACCUUUCAGUACGAACACAUCACCUUCUUUGGUGCGUCACAGCCCUGCACCUACAAGAUCAUCGUAGACGAGAGGGAGAUGUUCUUUGAGACACCACUGGUCGGCGAGAUCACAAAGAUUAUGAGGGCCUACAUUAACAUGAUGGUGAAGAAACGCUGCAGCAUCAUGUCAGUGACCAGCAUUGCCAGCUCCUAUGUCAGGUGAUCGCCAACAACCAGUCAGAGCCCUCGCUUUCUCCAGCAGUGACAGACGCCUCGGCCCUCCCGCCUUGGUUGGUUGGUUGGUUUCGAUUGGAGGCAGUCGCAACAAACCAGCUAAUCCUCAAGGCUGAAUUUAAGGAUGGUGGUGCGGAGGUAGAAGUGGACACAGACGCCAAGACGCACACUCUUCUGGCCUGGGUUUCACUCGGGAUAAGGGAUCUAUUUAAAAAUGAGCAUGACGAAACAAAUUCAGUAUCUUGGGACGGUCCUUUUCAAAUACAUAAAUAACACCCUCCAGUCGUAGUCCUGCAUGUAGAUGUUCAAGCACACUCCAGACCUCUCUCCGCUUUUACCUUUUCUGGACACAACAAGUAAUAACAAGCACAAAACAUCCGCCCAAAUCUGUCCCCCUCUUUUACAACCCGAUGCACUGCCAGACAGAAAAAAAAAAAAAGCCACACGCUCUCAGUUGUUUUGUUUUUCACUCCUCCAAUCUCAGACUCUCUCUCUUUCUCUUCACGUGUCCUCACUCCUGUUUGCAUCUUCGUUUUACGGUUUUAACGCUGAAUUCUCGUUCUUUGCUUGUUUUUUUUCUCUCUCUGUCAUUUAUCGGUAACAUCAGCUGUUUGUGACUGAGAAAAAGGACUCCGAUGAUGAUGAUGAUGAUGAUGAUGAUGAUGAUGGUGGGGAUGAUUCUUCAGGGCUUUACUGACUGAGAAUGAGCUCGGCUGCUCACCUGUCAGUGCCACCGUGUGGCCAAAAGAAGAAAAUGCAGCCAAAAGGAAGUGGCUUUGAAUAUUUCUGAACAAUAUCAACUAGAAAUGUGUAAGUAGAGGCUGAACUGUGGAGGCUCUCCGGUCAUGUUUAUCUUAAAAGUGGAGAGUCUGUUCAGCCUCAGAGGAGAGCAUUAUCAACCAGAACAGUAUGAGACAAAAAAAAAACAUUUCCCUAUCUAAGUCAACAUAUACACACACUGCAUAUAUCUACUGUAUAUUCACAUACAUGUACACUCUAACAUGUAUCGUUUUGUACUGUAUAUCACACAUUAUAAGAGUUAUUAUUGAAUUUUUUUGGGUGGUCAUUGCACUGUACAGUAUAUAGAUGCCAAUGUGACACCUCGUGUAAAAUACAUGCAAGUGAAUGGCGUUGAUAAUGUCUGAAUAUGAUGCCAAUAAUGUACAUCGUUCACAGGCUGUGCCGUCGACGUGACUCACGGAGAAUAUGAGGAUUUAUAGUGAGAACAUUUUGAUGAAUUGAUCAGUGUUAUGUGUGCGACUCACUCUGCAGCAUUAAUUGGAGCCAUAAAAUACUGUAUACUUGUUUUUUUUAAACUCCUAUUCUCACUCCUUUCUUUAUCAUUUAAGACUUGAAAAGUAACUCCUCUGAGAGUUUGUCUGUGUUUAAAUCCUGUUUAUGAACAUGUGACUUUUAAUACUGAUACUGCUAUAAUAACUGUACACCCCCUGCUAUCUUAACCACCCUGAAGUGCUGUGUCAGGAAUGCUGCUUUGUGUGUGUGUGUGUGUGUGUGUGUGUGUGUGUGUGUAUGAGUGUAUUUAUGGUGUAAUCUGCUGUUGGUAAAAGAAAUGGAAAUGAGAAAAGAGAAGUGAUUUUACUGAGUGUAUUCCUCGGAGAUGAGACGUAUUUAAAUGACUAACCUUUGCAAAGAAUGGUGUUGUGAUCGUGAGUUAACGCAUGGGAUUCUACAAGGGAGGGUUCUGGGUCAUUUAUUUAUUAUUGUACUGUAUGUAUUGCAAGGUGGGUUUGGAGGAAAAUGUAUUUAAAAAAAAAUAUAUAUAGACUGGAUUUUCUUUUUCAGUCUCAGUGUAAGAGGAGCAGAAAAGACACUGUGAGGAAACGGGCUCAGAAAUGGUUCAGUUGUGUGGUGGGGAAUGCUGAGAGUCAUUACUGCUUUGUGCGUCCAUGUAUGUGUGUGUGUGUGUGUGUGUUUGGACUAAAAGUGAAGUCACUGUAACGCCAAUAUCAUCUGACUCUGUGGCACUGCAGGUAGAUGGCAGCUUCCCUCAUGUACAAAAACCUCUAGAGGAUAAAUAGACAAACAAAGUGCUUGGCUACAUCCAGUAACCAGGAGGGAUACUUUUUAUAAAGCAAACAGUCCAUUAAUCAAACUGAUGACACUUCAUAUGAAGUUACACACAUCAACCAUUAACUACAGCUGCAUAUCAAAAGAUUAUUUUCUAUAUGAAUAAAUCAUUAUAAAGCACAAUUUAAUGCCAUAUCUUGCAAAACUACUGUAUAUUCUACAAUUACUAGGCCAUUCCCAAAGACUUUUCCCCCCAAUAACUUCCUAUUCACUGCUUUAUGAUAGGGAGAAAUGCACAUGAAUUACUAUCUUAAUGUGCUUUGUUUAAAAGGUGAUAAUACCACAAACUAUGCAAAAUGUAUUGAGAUGUAAUCUAUGUUCAAAUAAGUACUUUCUUUAACAGUUAAAAAGGGAAAUAAAAAAGGAGGUUAUUGAGGGGAAAACUUGGCCUACUAGUUGAAACAUAAAGUCACACAAAGUAAGAAGACAUUAGGGAUUUUUAAAAGCGUAUACGCUGCUUAAAUGACUGAAAAACUAAAAAUGGUUAAUGGCUCAUUUAUGUACCUUGAUGUCGUGUUUUACGAGUUUAUUUUAUUUUGCUAAAGCUGCUAAACUAAUAUUGUGUCAAUAAUUAUUAAAUUAAAAUAUCUGGACCCCCCAAAAUAUAGGUUCUGCUGCUUUUCAUGCCAGAUAUUCAAGAGAGGUUGAACUUAAGGUGAAAGCGUCUGUUGUCUAUCUGCAGUGCCACAUACAAGGACGUAACGAUCAUCUCGAGACGCACUGAGGUCGUGAGUACAAGUGGGUUUAUGACACCAAGGAAAUUAUGUUUUUAUUUGGACUCCUCAUGCGUAUUUAUGUUGCCUGAAAGUUUAUUCCCUUAAUGGUCUGAGAUGUUCUUCAGGUCCAGCAUUUCAUUGAGGAAAUAGCAAAUAAUUGAUGUACUUGGCCUGUAAGUGUUAAAAAUCUAAAUGUAUAUUUAGUCUGACAAAUCCUGGAAUCAGCCAUUAUAAACUCAUUUGUCUCCUGGUAAAAAAAGAGCGGACUUCCUUGGAUCAUAACACAUAGAACCUGACCUCAGUGGCUUCAAUGGUAUUUACGUCUGCAUACACACAGCCCUCUGGGAUCCUGCCUAUAGAGUUAGAGUAAGCAGAACUCACACACAGGUUCCAGUUUGAACUUUUGUUUAUUUUUUUUAUUUUUUUGCCAAAAUAAGUGAAGCAACCCGUAAGCCAUACUUACAGAGGAACCUGGAGCUGUCUGUUCUAGUUAUUCUACAUCUAUGGUUCUGUCUGUCACUGAUAUUACACUGAGUGGGAAGAAGAAGUUACCCGAUAGAAGCUGAAAUGUGAUCGCUGUGUUUGCAAAACAGAAACAUGAGUUUAGAGUAAGAUUUUGCAGCACGUGAUCACAAAUCCGUCUCUAAGGUCAGCUUCAUCACAAGGGGUCCUGUAAUCAGCCGCAGGCGGCCAGAGUGGGGCCCGUUCGUAUCUUCUGUUAUGCUUAUUAUUAUCAUCAUUACACUGUAAAACAUAGUGCUUGUUUGAAGAAAAAAAAAGAGAAAGAGAGAGAUAUGUGUGUUGUUCUUUUUUUAUUUGUAACUGGCUUUACAAAAUUAUGCUUUAAUAAAUUAUUGGAAUUAUUGUCCUCUA